GGAUUAGGGAUAGUAAAUCUGGUGCAGGGGGCUUACUACCAUCUUUACGAAAACAUUCUUAUUAUAAGGAAGUUUUACUUCAAGCAUACAGUAUUAUUACUUUGAUUCGUACGCUGAUCGUCAAUUCGCAAUGAAAAUGUAUUCCUGCUAAGUGAUGUGAAAGAACGAAUGAAAUAUAAAAGUUUGUCUAUUCCCUGCUCCAACCUUAGAAAGAGACAACGCUAUAUAAAUGGUCGUAAAUUGUAUAGCACUGUCUCACACAUAUUUUUGUUCCGAAACUUAAGUUUAAGUUCAAAUGUUUAAUUAAAACACGAUUUAGAUGGAUGUUUUUGUGAAAUAAAUAUUUAAUGUAGGUGUUUUUGUUUGAAUCUACAAAAAUUGUGAAUUAUUUAAUUGUCAAAAAUAUAAAAUUCAAGCUUAUAAAUAAAAUGAAAUAUUUACAUACAUCAUGCUUCGGAAUCUAUUUGGAGAUUCGGACCACUGAAUUGUCGCGCUGCGCUGUCAAACUGACGUUGUUUAGUAGUGGGAUAUUUGAAACUUUGUUGCUUGUGAUUUAAUUAAAUUUUACAAAUUAAAUAAUAAAGAUGGAAACAAGCGGACGUGCUCGUCGAGUUUCGGGGCGUCAGCUCGACAUUCUCUGGGAGUUUUUAAUACAUAAUAAAGACAUCGCUUCGGCAUAUAAUAGAUCUCUGCAUGCGAAAGAAUACUCCCGGAGAAAAUGGACUGAGAUAGCGGCUACAUUAAAUGCAGAGGGUGAUGGAGCGCAUAAGGACUGGAAAGGCUGGUCUAAGUAUUGGGUGGACUAUAAGGCCAAAAUUAAAAGCAAAGUUGCAGCCUUACGUUCAUCCCAAACUAGGACUGGAGGUGGACCAUCCACAGAAAGGUGCCUGACUGACAUAGAGAAAAGAUUUCUUCAAAUUCUUGGAGAGGAUUUUGGUCACGGCAUCUCAGGUGUUCGUGUGGAACCAUUUCUAGAGCCUCUGGAGAGCGAUGAAGCUACUGAAACUGUCGACAGUCAGGAUUCCCCAGCCUCCCAAUCCAUUUUAACCAUGACCAUACCUUCAUUACAAAUACAUCCCCUUGUUCAAGAUUCACCAGUUGCCCCAGAUCCACCUUCUAUUGAAAUACUUCCGACUCUCACACUAUCACGACUGCCACACCCUGACACACCUCCACUUCCACCUCCACAUCCUGACACACCACCUCCACAUCCUGACACACCACUUCCACAUCCUGACACACCAGCAGCAGCAGCACGCUCUCCACGGCGCCGUCGCCUAAGACGCGAAGCGCCGAUGUCACAAGCGACCGCCAGACGCGCUAUUGUCCGCGCGGUAGAGCGCCAUACAAACGCAUUAGAGCAGCUAGUACAAAUAGGGCUUAGGGUAGAAAGGAUCUUGGGUGACGCGUUUCCCAGAGCCGUUGGACGAGAGAACUUCGCGUAAUAUGGCCCAGCUGCAAAGCUAGAUUAUUACCGCGUGGCUGUUCUCUCCCAUCAUGUUCCUGCUGUUGCGAUUGGUUCUCUUGAACCAUAUCUUCAUUGCUUAGUUGUGGCACAGGUACAUUAGCACUAUUGCAAAUGUUGUGUAAUAUAACACAAGCAUUUACUAUACGCCCUGCUACAUCUGGUGCAUAGUGCAGUACUCUGUGAACAAGUAAGCAACGAAAACGUGCCUUGAGAAGCCCAAUCGUACGUUCCACUAUAUUUCUUGCAUGAACAUGCAAAUCAGUGUAAAAUGCUUCGGGUGUGCCAGGUGCAGCAUCCAAUAUAGGUGUCAUCAUUGUCUUCCUUAGCGGGUAUCCAGAAUCACCUAAUAAAAAUUAAUAGUUUAAUAGUAGUAGUCAAUGCUAUAAUAUUAUCAUAUAAGAUGCUUAGUAUAAAUUUUGUAAUAAAUAUUGUGUAAAAUAAGAGUUGGUAUAUAAGUUUUUUAAACUGUUAUGGUCACUAACAUUAGAACUUAUAAUGACACAAAAACAAAUACAAAACAUUCAAAAUACAUGGUAAAUAUCCUAUUAUAAGUUCUAAGAUAAGAGUUACCUACUAACUCUGUCAUGUAACAUUUAAUUUUGCCAAAGAUUUUAUAGAAAAGCAGGAUGAUAAAAUUAUACACACCAAGAAACCAAAUAUUUUCUCUGUUGCUUAGUUCUUCUAAGUGUGCUUUUAGUGGAUGACUAGCCCAUAUAAAGGAAUCAUGAGUUGCACCACCAUGACUUGCAUCUACACUCAAUAUUUGCAUGUCUGCAUCACAAACCUGAAAAUGAUUUAUUAACAUUAGUCAUAAGUUUAUUGUACAUAGUCCUAGAACUAGUAAAUAAAAAGUAAUAUGAUUAAA